AUGUCUCCUUCAGCUCCAUAUACCGCGCUCCCCCAUCAUCCCACCACAAACCCCGCUGAAGCAGACCAAGACAUCCUCGAAUCCCUCCAAAAUAUCCCCUCCAACUUCGACUUAGCCCUAAAUGGCAGUACAAACCAUACUUUCCUAUCUCCUAAUCCCACAAAACAAGCAGAUGCCACACUGCUUAAUCCUGAGGCUUUCCGAAGGUUGUCCGUGAGUACGAUAUCUUCUAUGGGACUUCCUCACUCUAGAGGCGUAUCUCCAUAUCCAGCACCAAGUACACCCGAGCCAAAGACCCUCAAAAAUGUCUGGAAGAAAUUCUGGGCAAGGAAUGAAGGACUCUUCUUGGUCUCGUUCUCGCAGCUAUUCGGGGCGUUGAUGAAUGUAACCACAAGACUACUAGAGCUAGAAGGAGAUGGGAUGCAUCCACUGCAAAUACUGUUUGCUAGAAUGGGACUUACGAUGAUAUUUUGCUGCUUGUGGAUGUGGUGGAAAAGUGUUCCAGAUUUUCCGUUUGGUGCAAAGGGGAUUAGAUGGUUGCUUAUUGGACGUGGAAUCUGGGGAUUCUUUGGAAUUUAUGGGAUGUAUUAUUCCCUACAAUACCUCCCGGUAGCCGACGCCGUAGUCAUAACCUUCCUCGCUCCCUCAGUAGCAUCCUACGCCUGCUAUCUCUUUCUCAAAGAGCCCUUCCCCCGCUCCGCCCAAUACGCAUCCCUCGUCUCCCUACUAGGAGUCUUCCUAAUCGCACGCCCAACAUCCUUCUUCACCACCUCUUCUCCACCAACCUCCUCCAUCCCCACAAAUGGAACCUCCACAACAUCCACCUCCCUCGAUGCAUCCUUCCCAACCCCAACCUCCGCUCAACGCCUCUCGGCCGUCGCAGUAGCAAUGCUAGGCGUCCUCGGCUCCGCCGCAGUCUUCACUAUAAUCCGGUGGAUCGGCCCACGCGCGCAUCCACUCAUCAGCGUAAAUUAUUUCGCCGCAUGGUGCACGCUCGUCUCCACGCUGUCCCUCACACUCCCCAUCCCCUCCUCUCCCUCCUUCGCUCUCCCCGCCAACCUCCGCCAAUGGUCCAUGCUACUUUCUUACUCACGAGCGGUCUUGCGGCUGGGGGAGGGGAAUGGCGCUAGGGCGACGAAUAUGAUUUAUACUAAUAUGCUGUUUGCGCUCGCGCUUGAUAAGCUGGUUUUUGGACAGAGUCCUGGGUGGUGGAGCUUGGGGGGAAGUGGACUUAUUUUAGGAAGUGCGGUUGUAGUUGCGAUGCAGAAGCAGCAGGGUGUAAGGAUAGGGGCUGGGGGGAGGGAUGAGGAGGUUGGGGGGUGGACAGAUGGGGUAUUGGAGGACGAGGAGGAGAUGCGAAUGGGGAUGUUGAGGGGGGAGGGAGCGUGGAAAUGA